CUCUCUUUCUCUCUUUCUCUCUUUCUCUCUAUUUUCUCUCUCUCUUUCUCUCCCUCUCUCUCUUUAUAUAUAUAUAUAUACAUAUAUAUAUAUAUAUAUAUAUAUCCCGUCUUUCUCCGUUUUAAUCUUUUUUCGACCUUCUCCCACUUCCUACGAGCUACGUUACCUCUCAGUCUGUUUCUUCGCCGACGAGAAUCGUUAUUGACGAAGAGUGACGAGCGUCGUCGUUUCCCCUCGUCGUAUCAGACAAUAUUUAAGGACGCGUACUGGACAAAAAGAAACGAAACGUUAGCUCUCCACAUUCGGGAAAAGUAAGGUUCACGUGGAAAAAGAAAAAUGGAGGAAAUUAACGGGAGGGUAGGAAAGAAGCACGAAGAGGUGGAUGCUGCAACCCUCAGCGCCGAUCUCCUCAAUCCUUUCGUUCAUCGACUUGAACUCGACACGACCUACGAUAAACUCAAGACGGCAUUCUUGACGGUAGCUCUGUUACCAUUAAGGCUAGCUGCGAUUACUGUUUUAGUAAUAAUGGCCUGGCUUUUAGCUUGUUUGGGUCUCUAUGGACUUUCUGAAGAAGAUUUACGUCAAGCGCCUCUUAAAGGAUGGAGACGAGACAUGCGCAUCGUGAUCUGCUGGAUGAUGCGAGCAUUAUUCGUCUGUGGCGGAUUUCAUCAGCUGAAGGUGAAAGGUCAAAAAGCGGAAACAAAGGAUGCUCCAGUGCUAGCCCUUGCACCACACUCGAGCUUCUUCGAUGCACUUCCGGUCGUUUACCUUGGUGGACCGAGCAUAGUCGCCAAAGGAGAGACGGGCCGCAUUCCAUUCUUCGGAAAGCUCAUCAAUUACACGCAACCGGUCUAUGUAUGGAGAGAAGAUCCUAAUUCACGACAGAAGACGAUAAAGGAAAUAAUCGAACGUGCUACUUCGAAAGAAGAUUGGCCACAGGUAAUGAUUUUCCCAGAGGGUACCUGCACAAAUCGUUCGUGUCUGAUAACUUUUAAGUCAGGUGCUUUUUACCCAGGCGUACCUGUACAACCAGUGUGUAUAAGGUAUCCUAAUAAAUUAGAUACAGUUACAUGGACAUGGGAAGGUCCUGGAGCUUUAAAAUUAUUAUGGCUCACGUUAACCCAGCUGAAUAGUAGUUGCGAAAUUGAAUUCCUUCCUGUCUAUAAGCCAAGCGAAGCAGAGAAAACAGAUCCCAAACUUUAUGCGAAUAACGUCCGCCGUGUUAUGGCAGAAGCAUUAAAAAUCCCUGUAUCAGAUUAUACUUAUGAUGAUUGUCGAAUUAUCAGCAAGGCUCAUCAGUUACAUAUACCUCAUGCAUCCACCAUAAUAGAAGCUCACAAACUUCGAAAUAAACUUGGUUUGGCAGCAUCGAAAACCGAAGAAGAGCUUCUAGGGAAAAAAGCAGAAAAAUUCGGCGAGGAAGUAAAUUUGCAAGAAUUCGCACGGAUUCUUAGACUCGAUGAAAAAGAACCGACUACUCAGCAACUCUUUCGAAUUCACGAUCGAAAUGGCAAGGGCACGAUAGAUCUUGAAGAAUAUAUAUUCACGAUACUGGCAACGACAAAUGCUAAUUGUGAAUUGGAUAUGGUUGAAAUCGCGUUAGAUGUUUGCGGUUCUAAAACAUUGGAGUGUGUUAAUCUAGCAGAACUUAGAAAAGCUUUGAGGUUGUCAUUGCACUUACAAUCGGAGGAUGUUGACAAAAUUUUCCAACAAGCUUGCAAUAAACCUGGUGACAACGUAGUAACUUAUGAGGCCGCGCUUGGUGUAUUAGCUACACGAGCAGAAUUUUCGCAUCUAUUCACUGGGAAUUCUGAGACAAGGAAAAAGAAGACCAUUUGAGAGUGUGUCUUGGCCGCGUCUCGUAUUCCUCGAAGAAUUAGGGAGCAACGUGACUCCAAUAGGCCACUUCUCAGCCAAAUUUGUUCUAGCCCUGUAUAACUAGGUAAUUUCUUAUGCGGUCGUUGAGACUAUUUCCUCUCUAAAUAUAUGCUUAGCAGAUUUUUUAAAUAACAUCUAUAUCUUCAAUGAAAUAAUAACGUCUUCAAAAAAUUCUAUGGUGAUUGAUAAAUUGAGCUUGGAUAAUAAGCAUACUACUGAUCUAAUCGGAUUAUGAAUUGUUAUUAAAAAAAUGGGCGGAAAUCUUUUUCUAAGCCGUAUGAAAAUAAAAUACAGAUAUAUAUAUAUAUAAAUUAAUUCGAAUAAAAUAUUCGAAUUUGAAAAACAUUAAAGCAGUUCAAUAUUUGUUAUGUUUAUUAACAAUUUGAAUAAUCAUUUUUUUUUUUAUUUAAAUUCCGUUAUAAUGACGCUAUGAAAUAAAAUAUAUCAAAUCGAAUAGAUUUUACUUAUAAAGAAAAUGACACAAUUUAACAAUAUAAUUUAAUAAUUAUUGUCUUUGUAUUGUCUUAAAGUAUUUUUUUGUUCGAUCGACAAUUCAUUUCAACAAUUAAAAGUAGAAAUCAUUUAGAAUAGGCCUUAUUGUAUUAGUUAAAUAGGUAUUACAAUGAAUUUUUCACCUUUAUGAGGUUUCACACUCGGAAACAAAAUUAAGUAUGCAAUACAUGUUAAAACUUUUGUUAUAUAAAGGCAUGCAGAAUCCUUGCUGUGAGACUGGAAGAUAAGUCGGACGUAUCGUCCAUAGGAAACAUUAUUUAGUCCUAUAAUCGCUUUAGAUUGCUCAGGGUUUGUAAAAUGCGAAAAUUAUUGAAUGAGUGCUCAAUUAUUUUAUGUUUGUGGAAAUUAAUCACAAAGAUCUGCUCGGUCACUUGAUCGAGUUUCUAGUAAAUUAAAGUAUACUAAUUAUGAGUACCUAGAAGUUGAACAUGCAUUUAGAAUAAAUAUGUUAUAAAAUUUAUUCUUUGCUCGAUAACAAUACAUACUA